UGUACUCGCACAAGUAUAUAUACGUAUCACAUGAGCUGGGUACAUUGUCACUAGCACACCAGCGUUCUCCACCAUGGCUUAUCUGUUGACUGUAGUAGCCGCCUGCUUGGCAACUGUACAUGCCGGUUACUUGGACGCCCCCGCCCUGGCGGUCCCGACAGUAGCCACCUUCACAGCUCCCGCCCAGAACUACCCCCGUCAAUACACUGCUGCCUACCAGCCGACGUACGCCGCCCCCGCCCAAGUCGCUAGGGUUGACGAGUACGACCCUAACCCCCAGUACAGUUUCGCCUACAACGUGCAGGAUACUCACACCGGCGACAUCAAGAGCCAACACGAGAGCCGCGACGGUGACGUCGUCCAGGGAUCCUACAGCCUGCAGGAACCUGACGGCUCCACCAGGACUGUCGAGUACUCCGCCGACCCUCACAACGGGUUCAACGCCGUAGUACGCAAGGAUGCUGGUGCUCACCCCUCCCCUCCUGCCCGCAGGGUGUCUGCCGUCCCCGUAGCCUACUCGGCUCCCAUCUACACCGCCCCUGUGGCGAGGUACACCGCCCCCGUGGCGAGGUACACCGCCCCUGUGGCGAGGUACUCCGCUCCUGUCCAAGCUUACACCACCGCUUCCGUCCCCACUCCCACGUAUGCCGCCCCCACGUACUCUGUUCCUUCCUACCCUACCCAGACCUACAGAGCCGCCUCUUACGCCACCCCCUCAUAUGCCAGUUACUCUGGCCCAGCUUACCCCUCCCGAUACUACUAAUUUAACUUCUAUCUUUGUUCUUGUUGACUGUUACCUGUUUCCUGUACCUUAUUUUAUGUUCUUCUUUUUUCGCUGUUAAAUAAAAUCUGUAAGCUAA